UUGUACAGCAGAUGCAUGACCACAAGAAAUAAAGAAGAAAACUUGAGAUCUGCAUUCUGCAGCCGCCCGCCCCCUCCUCCACCGACGCCGCCGACGCUCGCCCGCCCCCCCCCCCCCCUACCCACCCGCCGAUACGCAUGGCGGCCUCGUCAUGCUCCAACGCCAGCUCCCCCGCCCCGUCGCCGCCGCCUCCUCCCGUGGUGCACACGUCAAAGAUCCGCUUUUGCCCUUCUUGUGGAAGCCAGACGAAAUUGGCCAUACCAGAUGGGGAUGAGAAGAUGAGGGCUAUUUGUUCUUCUUGUGGAAGAGUUCACUAUGAAAACCCGAAAAUGGUUGUUGGUUGCCUUGUGGAGCAUGAUAAUAAGGUCCUCCUCUGCAGAAGAAAGAUCGAACCGGCUUAUGGCCUUUGGACUCUUCCUGCUGGUUAUUUGGAGGUGGGGGAAUCUGCAGCAGAAGGAGCCUCCAGGGAAACAUUGGAAGAAGCAUGUGCAGAUGUAGAGAUAAUCUCACCUUUUGCUCAGUUAGAUAUUCCGCUGAUUGGCCAAAUUUACAUUAUUUUCCGAGCAAGAUUGAAGACCCCCAACUUCUCACCUGGACCUGAGUCGCUAGAAUGUGGACUUUUUGCUCUGGAAGAGAUACCAUUUGAUUCUCUAGCAUUUUCUUCAAUCAUCGUCACCUUGAGGAUGUAUAUUGAAGAUGUGAAGACUGGAAACAUCAAAUUCCACUAUUGCACUAUAAACAAAAGGCUAGGAGCGAGUCCUUCAGAUCUUUGCUGUUUUGACAUUGAUAACCAUUUAGCUGUGUGAGGUUGGGAAGGUUCUAAACCUUUCUUUGUUGAUGAGAUUGACUGCGGCAUACAACUGUCAUAAUCCACCAACACAGCACAUCACAUUGACUAUCAAUUCAACUGGUCUUGAGUGUUGAACCUGCAUCGGAGCCUUGUAUGGCAUCGCAACGCAGAUUGGAACAGAACUAAGAAGGUGCUGGAAUUGUAAAUGCUUCAGUUCCUUCAAGUUUGUUUUAGCCUUCUAGGAGAUUCUGCAUUUCUAUUUCGUGGGAGGACAACUGUGUAAUUGUGGAAAAUCUCAGGUGUGGAAUUGCGUUUCUGUAUGCGAUGGCUGUGACACUGAACGGGCGUCUGGCGUUGUAAUAUCGUGCCGUCUAAAUCCCGCGAGUUGUUUUCUACA